UAUGGAAUGUGAGGACUUUGCAGAGCGAAAGUACAACAGAGCGGAGGACAGCUAUUAUUGGACUAGAAUUGGAAAGAUAUAACAUUGAUAUAGCCGCAUUGAGUGAAACUAGAUUCGCUGGUACUAGAUUCGCUGGGAGGGGGGGGGGCGAAAAUCCUGUGACACCGGACAACUUACUGAACCAACAUCAGGAUAUACCUAUUUAUGGAGCGGCUUACCGGAAAGCGAAAAGCGUCUGCAUGGUGUCGGAUUCGCUAUAAAAACCUCUAUUGUUAAGGAAUUGGAAAAUCUGCCAACCGCAGUAAACGAGCGUCUCAUGUGGCUGCGUUUGAAAAUAAGUGAGAAACGUUACGCAACAAUAAUUAGCGCUUAUGCUCCCACAAUGACAAACGAAGAAGUUGUAAAGGAAAAAUUCUAUGCACACCUUGAUAAUAUCCUGCGCAAAACGCCAAAGGAGGAUAAGCUGAUUUUGCUGGGUGAUUUCAAUGCCCGUGUUGGUGCAAACGUACAUCUUGGUCGCGCACAAUGGACCAUUUGCAUUAUAGACUAAAUUUUGAUCUAGACAAAAAUUUCAUCACAGCUUGAAAGAGCAUCACAAAAUUAGUAAUAUUCCAAAGUUUCUUUGCGAAAUGUUGUAAAAUGCGGAUAAUAUAGCCAUGCGAAGUUUGCAAUUUUCAGUCAUUUUGUAUUACACACGGGGAAUUGACAGCCCAAUCGGGUGUUGGGGCAUCAAUUUCCCAAUUGUAAUACAAAAUGACUGAAAAUUGCAAAUUUCGCAAGGCUAUAUUAUCCGCAUUUUACAACAUUUCGCAACGAAACUCUUGAAUAUUACUAAUUUUGUGAUGCUCUUUCAAGAUGUGAUAAAAUUUUUGUCUAGAUCAAAAUUUAGUCUAUAAUGCAAAUGGUCCAUUGGCAAAUAUUGGGUCGGAAAAUGCAACUUAAAUGGUUUACUAUUAUUAUCAAAGUGUAAGGAACAUGAACUCGUAAUCACAAACACGAUGUUUCAGCUACCACUGGCAAAAAGAUCGACGUGGAUGCAUCCAAGAUCUAAACACUGGCAUCUGAUUGAUUAUGCAAUAGUAAGACAAGGGGACCUAAAAGAUGUUUGUAUAACACAAGCAAUGUGUGAUGCUGAAUGCCAAACCGACCACAGAAUGGUCAGAAUGAAACUAAAACUGAUAAUACAACCGCAAAGGCGAAAAGUUGCAUUCAAGGGCGUCAGAAAGCUGAAUGUGGACAGACUAAAAAGCAAUGAGAUCAAAAACGACUUUUCUGCCAAGAUGGAAACUGCCCUCAACCAACUAGCUGACCGUCCAAGUGACUCCGUUCACGAUAAAUGGAAGGAGCUGAAAAAUCAAAUACUCAAAGUGUCGAAAGAAACACUCGGUACGAAAAGCAAGAAACAACCUGACUGGUUCGAAGAAAACAUCGGGUCAAUAAUGCCACUCAUAGAUGCAAAAAAUGCUGCCCAUCAGGCCCUUGUCACCAGAAAUACUCGCAGUACAAGUUCCCGGCUGAAAGAGUGUCAACACCGCUUGCAACGCGAAAUUCGACGUCUAAAAAAUGAUUGGCUGAUCGGAAAAGCUCGUGAAAUUCAGGAAUUCGCUGACAAACAUGAUGCAAAAAAGUUUUACGAUGCUGUAAAGGGAGUGUACGGACCGUCAACCCGUGGUACAUCACCUUUGCUUUCAGCCGAUGGCACGAAAGUAAUAUCUGAUCGAAAUGAGAUCCUUAAUCGGUGGGUCGAACACUUCAAUGAACUUCUUAAUCGUGCCUCGACUGUACAACAAAAUAGUAUCGAUAACAUCAAACAGCAGCCAGUACAGGAACACCUGGCCGAUAGACCAACAAAAGCAGAAAUUCGUAAAGCUAUAAAACUACUUCAAAGUGGAAAGGCACCAGGAGAAGACGGGAUACCCGCUAAAAUUUACAAACAUGGUGGAGAGGCAAUUAUCAGCCAUCUCUUCUCCCUAUUCGGUUAUAUCUGGAGAGAUGAAGACAUCCCACAGGAGCUCAAAGAUGCCAUAAUUGUCACGCUAUACAAGAAGAAAGGGAGCAAGUCAGAUUGCGGUAACUACCGGGGAAUUGAGCUAUUGUCACACUGCUCCAAAAUCCUGGCAAAGAUUUUACAGAUGCGUUUAGUUGAAAGCAUCCUGGAUGAAAAUGUUUGA